UUUCAACUCAAUGGCUUGUCUUCUCCCAAGGUUACACACUUCAACACCCCUCAUCCCCAAGCUCAGUUCUUCUCCCAAAACUUGGAGGCUCUUCAUCCUCAGAUACCCUUUGCGCCAAAACAACAAAAGGUUAGUGCUUUUACCCACCAAUGCAGUCUAUGCCCCUUCUUCACCCACCAAAAUGGUGAACAGAACUGAGAAAAUUGAGCUAGAGAACGACCCCAUAACUGUGCUCAACGAGAGGAUUCGCCGUGACUACGGCAAAAGAGAGGCUUCGAGGACUGUGAUGGACUCGAAGGAAGCUGACAAGUACAUAAAAAUGGUGAAGGAGCAACAACAGAGAGGGUUGCAGAAGUUGAAGGGUGUAAGGGAGAGUAAAGAUGGUGCCUUUAGCUACAAGGUAGACCCUUACACACUUAGUUCUGGGGACUAUGUUGUGCAUAAGAAAGUGGGUAUUGGGAGGUUUGUUGGGAUCAAAUUUGAUGUUCCAAAGAAUUCUACAGAACCCACUGAGUAUGUUUUCAUAGAGUAUGCAGAUGGGAUGGCAAAGCUACCUGUCAAGCAGGCUUCUAGAAUGCUCUACAGAUAUACUCUUCCAAAUGAAAACAAAAGGUCUCCCAAGUUAAGCAAGUUAAAUGAUACUAGUGCGUGGGAAAAAAGAAAGAUUAAAGGGAAGGUGGCUAUACAGAAGAUGGUUAUUGACUUGAUGGAACUCUAUCUACAUAGGCUCAAACAAAGAAGGCCUCCGUAUCCUAAGAGUCCUGCGAUGGCUGAAUUCACUGCUCAAUUUCCUUAUGAACCCACGCCGGAUCAGAAACAGGCUUUUGUUGAUGUUGAGAAGGAUUUGACAGAGCGAGAAACUCCAAUGGACAGAUUAAUUUGUGGAGAUGUUGGUUUUGGUAAAACUGAGGUUGCAUUACGUGCUAUCCACUGCGUUGUCUCAGCGAAAAAGCAAGUGAUGGUUCUGGCACCAACAAGAGUUCUAGCUAAACAACAUUUUGAUGUUAUUUCAGAACGCUUUUCUGCAUAUUCUGAUAUUAAAAUUGGACUACUGAGCAGGUUUCAGACCAGAGCAGAGAAAGAACAGCACUUGGAUAUGAUUAAGAAUGGUGACCUGGAUAUUAUUGUUGGGACUCACACACUCCUAGGAAACCGUGUUGCAUAUAACAACCUUGGCCUGCUUGUGGUUGAUGAGGAACAGAGAUUUGGUGUCAAACAGAAGGAGCAGAUUGCUUCUUUUAAAACUUCUGUGGAUGUACUUACUUUGUCUGCAACCCCUAUACCCCGAACUCUUUAUUUAGCCUUGACAGGGUUUCGUGAUGCUAGUUUAAUUUCAACUGCACCUCCAGAAAGAGUUCCUAUCAAGACUCACCUAUCUUCGUUCAGUGAGGACAAAGUAAUAUCCGCCAUCAAGUAUGAGCUGGAUCGUGGUGGUCAAGUUUUUUAUGUUCUGCCACGUAUUAAAGGACUCGAAGAAGUAAUGGAAUUUCUUGAAGAGUCAUUCCCAGAUGUGGAAAUAGCCAUUGCCCAUGGGAAG